AUGGCCAAUGUCACCAAGCUCAUUCCCACAAAUUAUCUAAUGUGGAAACUCCAAGUUUCUGGCUAUGGUUUGCUUGGUUAUCUCGAUGGAUCCAUCGUGAUUCCAUCUGCCACUACCACCACCAACGACGUCACGCUACCCAAUCCCGAGUUUGAUCUUUGGAAACGUCAAGAUAAUCUGCUGUAUAGUUCCCUCUUGGGGUUUAUCUCCCUUUCCGUGCAGCCACUUCUCUCUCGGAUUACUUCCUCCGCUGCGAUCUGGACAACUCUAGCUGAGACCUACACUCAGCCAAGUCGUGGUCAUGUUCAACAAUUGCGUGAUCAGCUCAGACUGUGGAAGAAAGCUGAUCGUACCAUCGAUGAAUAUUUUCAGGGUCUUACCACUCAUUUUGACACUCUUGCUAACCUUGGCAAACCGAUGGAUCAUGAAGAUCAGAUUGAGCUCAUUCUUGAUGGUCUUCCAGAUGACUAUCGUCUCAUUGUUGAUCAUAUUGAGAGUCGUGAUGCUCCACCUUCACUUGCCUAUGUGCAUGAACGCUUGCUUAACCGAGAAGCUCGUCUUCUCUUUGUCUCGGCUGCGGUUCCGUCAUUGCUUCUUGUCACGACUAACGUUGCCACCAUCGCAACAACAACAACAACAACAACAAUUCCAACAACAACUACACUCGUCACAAUGCCAACAACAACAGGCAGCGAUACUCACCAAAUAAUGGUUCUCACAACAAUCAGCGAGGUUCUCACCCCUAUCAAGCGUCACUCCUCCUCCUCCUGCUUGUCGCAGCAGAGUCCGUUUACACCAUGGCAACCCCUUGCCAAUCUAGCGAUUGGUUCUCCUUACAAUGCUGAUCUGUGGGUUCUGGACAGUGGAGCUACUCAUCACCUCACCUCUGACCUGCAGAAUCUUGCCUUGCACCGUCCCUACACUGGUGGUGAAGAUGUUGUGAUUGGUGAUGGAUCUGGUCUUCUCAUCACACAUACGGGUUCAACAAUCCUCUCUACUCUUUCUAAAUCUUUUGAGUUGGAAAACGUUUUAUGUGUUCCCAAUAUACAUAAAAAUCUCAUUUAUGUUUACCGGUUCUGUAAUGCUAAUCAAGUCUCCAUUAAAUUCUUUCCGGCUUGGUUUCAAGUGAAGGAUCUCAGCACGAGGGUCCGGUUACUCCAAGACCAAACUAAAAAUGAUUUGUACGAGUGGCCAAUCUCCGCAUCUCAAGCUGCUGCGUUCUAUGCUUCACCAACUCCAAAGACGACUCUUUCUUCUUGGCAUGCCCGUCUUGGUCAUCCGUCCGCUUCGGUGCUACAAACAAUAGUCUCUCGUUUUUCUUUACCAUUGUCUUCUUCUGCUUCAGCUCCUUUGUCUUGUUCGGAGUGUCUCCUUAAUAAAACUCACAAGUUAUCAUUUGCAUCUUCUUUUAUUACCUCAGUUCGACCACUUCAAUAUUUGUUCACUGAUGUUUGGACAUCACCUGUUGCCUCUGUUGACAAUUUUAAGUAUUAUCUUAUACUUGUGGACCAUUUUACAAGGUACACAUGGUUUUAUCCCCUACGAAACAAAUCUGUUAUUCAGAGUGUGUUCAAAGCAUUCAAACCUCUGGUUGAAAAUCAUUUUUGGGAAACGACUCAAACCUUAUAUUCUGAUAAUGGUGGUGAGUAUAUCGCUCUCCGUGGCUAUCUCGCUUCCCAUGGCAUCUCUCACUACACUACCCCGCCGCAUACCCUGGAGCACAAUGGUAUUUCUGAGAGAAAACAUCGUCAUAUUGUCGAAACUGGUCUUGCUUUACUUUCACAAGCUUCCAUGCCUCUCCGCUACUGGUCAUAUGCCUUCUCCACUGCGGUCUAUCUCAUCAAUCGACUCCCAACUCCGAGUUUGUCCGACAUCUCACCCUAUCAUAAACUCUUUGCGGUACCACCAAAUUACAACAAGUUACGAGUUUUUGGUUGUGCUUGCUUUCCCUGGCUUCGUCCAUAUACAAGUCACAAGCUCGAUGCUCGCUCCAAACGGUGUGUCUUCCUUGGUUAUUCAUUAACUCAAAGUGCCUACUGCUGUCUCGAUGUUCAAUCUGGUCGUGUCUAUGUCUCAAGGCAUGUUCAAUUCCUCGAGAUUGACUUCCCCUUCCGCUGUUCUGUCCUUGCUCCUGCUACAUCUGAUAAUGGUCUCACACCGACCGCAUCUGUCAUUCCGCUCGUACAAUCGUUCGCCCCGUGCUUAGAUCCUCACCACCCCUCUCUAUCUCCAUCGCAAUCCACAUCAUCCGCCAAUACCACCACUGUUCCAGCAACUCCUUUGCCGCUCAACGCCUCUCCUCCUUUGGUUCUAUCUCCGGCGGUCUCUUCGCCCUCUCCGGUAAAUCUUUCGUCUCCUAUCUCUUCCUCUUCGAUAUCUUCUCCAUCUUCCUCUAAGCCUACUGCUCCCACAGAAAAUGGGCCGCAACCCACGGCCCAUACCUUACAACCACCUCCAAAUUCGGUCCCACAACUAAAUAACUCUCACCAGACCCAAACACAAACACGAGUCCACCAACAAAAUUCAGUCACUGACCAAAAUGAUUCUUCAACCUCACCUUCGUCCCCUACCCGAUCUGUAACUUCCGAUUCAUCGUCUUCCUCCAACACACACUCUGCUCCGGCCAAUGCUCAAGCACCACCACCACCACCAACCAACAUACAUCCCAUGUCUACGAAGGCAAAGACAGGUAUUUCAAAGCCGAAUAAGCGCUAUUUACUCACGGCAUCUCUUCCUUCAACACAAAACGGAACCCCACACUAUUAG